AUAUUUGAAAACGAUUAAAGGCCAGCCUUCAAUGCAUACCAGGUGUUUGUAAACAUCUAUGAAUACCCAACCUUUUUAAAACUCCCAUCUAGUUCUUCAUUGACACUGUUCGUUUAUGGUCGAAUAAAACUAGCCACAAACUCAAUUGAAUUACGUGCUUUUCUGUCCACUAGGGGCGCGAAAUUUGUUUGCUACCUGUUCAACAUCGAGUUUUUGAAAAUCAAACGAUGACUCUAAACCGGGUGCCAGAAAAUGAUUCCAUCGCAAGACAACGUUCGUCUCACGACGAUACGAACAAAACUAGCCAAUUGGCAUUAGCACAACACGAUGGCAACAGCUCAACUAAGAGUGUUAACAGCUUGGGCGAUAGUGACAACGAUGACAUGCGGCUAAAGCGACAGGUUGGACUGUUUAGCGGCGUUACUCUAAUCGUGGGAACGAUGAUCGGUUCGGGCAUCUUCGUAUCAGCGGGAAGCCUUCUUGCAAAUGCCGGAUCUCCUGGUCUGUGUCUCGUCCUCUGGGCUGCCUGUGGUCUCUACUCUUUACUAGGUGCCCUAUCUUAUUGUGAGAUUGGAACUUUGAUACCUAAAUCCGGCGGAGAGUACAUCUAUUUUCUGGAAGCUUUCGGAAAGAUGCACAAAUUCUUCGGUCCCAUAUUAGCAUUUAUCUUCGCUUGGGUCACCGUUUUCUUGAUCAACCCUUCGUCAGUUGCAAUCCUAUCCCUUUCGUUUGCCAAGUAUUUCAUUUCUCCAAUCCUCACGGCGAUCCAUUUUUGCCCCGACGUUUAUCUGUCGUACGUGAUUGAUCGCCUCUUGGCCACCAUUUGCAUAGGCCUCAUUACUUUCGUCAAUUGCUAUUCCGUAUCGGCUGCUACGCGCGUGCAAAACAUUUUCACGGUGGGAAAGCUGACAGCGAUCGCUAUCAUUAUCGGUGGAGGAUUGUACUAUCUUGGAUUAGGAUACACGGAAAACUUGGAAAUUGGAUUUGAAGGAUCAGCGUCUUCGUUUGGUCAAAUAGCUACGGCAUUUUAUGGUGGGCUUUGGGCUUACAGCGGAUGGAACAAUUUAAAUUUCAUCACGGAAGAAUUAAAGGAUCCCUAUAGGAAUUUACCGUUGGCAAUUAUAAUUGCUAUUCCCUUGACAACAAUUUGUUACGUGCUCAUCAACGUGUCGUACUUGACUGUUUUAACACCUGAACAGAUUAUCUCUUCCGACGUAGUUGCUGUGGACUGGGGAAAUGCAGUUUUGGGGUCUGCCAGUUUCCUGAUUCCACUCGGAGUCGUGGUGUCGGUUAUCGGUACAACCAACGGAACGUUAUUUGCUGCAGGAAGGGUUUCUCACGUCGUUGGAAGGGAGGGUCAAUCUCCCGAUUUCCUAUCGUACAUUCACAUUGAAAAGAAGACGCCUGUUGCCCCGACUCUAUUGACCGUAAAUAUGUCCAUAAUUCAAUUGCUAACCAUUCAAACUGAAAGACGAUUAUUUCCUAUUAAGAGUCUACUAGGAAUGCUAAUGAUUAUUCCGGGAGAUAUCGGGACGCUAAUUGAUUUCUUCGGUUUCGCCAUUUCCAUUUUUUAUUGCGCUGCUAUGGUAGCCCUUGUAGUAAUGAGAUUCACCAAAAAAGACGAACACAGACCCAUUAAGGUGCCCAUUAUCAUCCCAAUUAUCGUGAUGGUGGUAUCAGCAAUUCUAGUCGUUGCGCCUAUCGUGGCGGCCCCGCAAGUGCAAUACUUUUACGUUCUUCUAUUCAUUCUGGCUGGCCUUAUAUUCUACGUGCCUUUCGUCUAUUACAAGAAAAGAGUUCCGGGAAUGGGUGAGAUUUAUCUUGUUAUCAUGACUCACCGAUGGUUGCAGCACUUUCCGGCUUUGGGCUUUGAAUAACUUUCCUUUCGUUUUCCCUCCCCAGACUCGUUCACCAUUCUGAUGCAGAAACUUCUCCUUGUGGCUCCGACGACAAGUCACUGAAACGAGAA